GUACUUUGCAACCAAAAGAAUUGUCUUUCUGGUAUCGUGCUUAGAAAGUGACAUAUCCAGCAUUUAGUUGAAUCGAUCCCUUCGAACGAAACACUCAAACCAUGGAUGCCGAGUCGGGCGAAUGCCUCGCCAACGCAACCCUCCUGUCGAAAGUCGAUGCCACGUUCUCGAACCCGGUCUUUGUGGCCGCGGUGGUAGUCCUUGCCGCCUACCUCCUCGUCGAGAAAUAUGCCAUCAUUUACCACACGAAACUAUGGAUCGAGUACUUGACGACCUCCAUCCCAACCCUGGAGGUUUCUAUGACCCCCGAGGAAUCUGAAGACGAUGGGGUGAAGGGAGAUCCCGUCACCGAAAUGCCCCUCCUGAACGCGGACGACAAAUCGAAGCUGAACUGCUACGAUCCGUCCACGAAACAAUUCAUUGGUCAUGCCAAGAACAUGACCGCCGAGGAGGUUAACGAGAUCCUCGUCAAGGCCAAGGCGGCCCAGGCCGAAUGGGCCAAGACCACCUACGCCCAGCGCCGGAUGGUAUUGAGAACUAUCCAGAAGUACAUUGUGAAUCACGUGGAAGACAUCUGCCGUGUGUCGGCCCGGGAGUCCGGAAAGCCAAAGGUCGACGCCGUCAUGGGAGAAAUCCUGACGACCUGCGAAAAGAUUCGAACCAUCUGCGAGUGGGGUGAAUUCUGGUUGCGCCCCGAUUCCCGCCCCACCGGUCCGAUGAUGGUGCACAAGAGUGCAUGGGUGGAGUACGUGCCACUAGGGGUCAUUGUUGCCAUUGCCCCUUGGAACUACCCCUUUCACAAUUCUGUAAGCAGACGAAUUCCAAUGCUUCUCCUCUGUAAUUGGAACUAUGUUUGAUCACAGUGUAGCUCCCGGUGUUGUUCUAAUGCUUUGAUUGCUGGAAUAUACUGAACCAUUCUGGCUUUUUUUGUGUCGUUUUGUGUUUUUUGGCACUUGACCGCAAUUUUCUGUGAUGAAUUGUCAUGCCUUCCAUUGCCUUGUUCCAACAGAUCAACCACGUGAUCUCGGGCCUCAUGGCCGGAAACGCGGUCGUCGGCAAGGUUUCCGAGCAUGCCUCCUGGAGCGCCGCGUACUUUGGCCGCAUCCUCCACCAGGCCCUGGUGGUGAACGGGCACAACCCCGAUCUGGUGGCCACCGUCACGGGUCUCGCGGAAUCAGGCGUCGCGCUCUGUACCUCCCCGCUCGUGGACAAGAUCAUCUUUACGGGAUCGACACCGAUCGGUCGUCGCGUCAUGGAAUCCGCCGCGAACAACCUAACCCCCCUGGUUCUGGAGCUGGGAGGGAAGGACGUCAUGGUAUUCCGCGGCGACGUCAAGGUCCCGACCAUCGUUCCCUUUGUCAUGAGGGGGUGCUUCCAGAACUCGGGACAGAACUGCGUCGGUGUCGAGCGCGUCGUGGUGUACGAAUCGAUCCUGGACGAGUUCCUGGAGGCGGUCGUGCCGAGGGUCAAGGCCCUGCGGCAGGGCAACCCGCUGCCCUCGUGCGGUGCGGACGGCAAGGUCGACUGCGGGAGCAUGAUCAUGCCCCGCCAGCUGGAAAUCGUCAAGGCCCUGGUGGACGACGCCGUGAAGAAGGGUGCUGUUCUGCACUGCGGUGGAAAACCCAACCCCAACCUGAACGGGCAGUUUUUCGAGCCCACCGUCCUUAGGUAAGCCAUCCCGCCGCCAAGCCAUUGUCACGGCAACAGGAAGCGAUACACCGCGCACUCGAUCGGAAACUGACACGUUUUUGCUUGUUUGCUUGCUCGCUUGUUUUCAUCGGCGAAACCCAAAAAAUCGCUUUUUCCCCAAUCACGUCCUUCGAAACCGCCAGUGGCGUCACCCCCGAGAUGGACAUUUUCAACCAGGAGGUCUUUGGUCCCGUCAUGACCAUCGUCAAGGUCCCCGGGGACGACGACGAGGAGUGCAUCCGUCUGGUCAACCACUGCGAGUUUGGCCUUGGAUCCAGCAUCUUCACCGCCGACGACGCAAGGGGCCUGGCCAUGGGCAAGCGGUUCAAGACCGGCAUGCUGACGGUCAACGACUACGCCUCCAACUACCUGGUGCAGUCCCUCCCCUUUGGCGGAGUGAAGGAGUCCGGUUUUGGACGCUUUGCCGGCAUCGAGGGCCUCCGGGCCCUCUGCUGCGAGCGGGCCAUCUGCGUCGACAAGUCCUCGUGGAUCCGAACCAGCAUCCCCCCGGUCAUCGAUUAUCCGAUCAACGCGGUCAAGGGAUUCCCCUUUACCGAGUCGCUGGUGCAGCUGUUCUACAACGAGAGCAUCCUCGGAAAGAUCAAGGGAAUAAUAGGCCUGAUCAAGAACGGGGCCUAGGCGGGUUCGCGGCCAACACGGAGGAUCCAACGGGGCAACGAUUUGCUUUGCGCAGAAAAAGAAAGGAGCGGUGGAGCCCCAACCCAAAGCGGUUCUAGGCAGGAUUGUAGGAUUCUUACAAGAAGGCGAAUUAAUUAACUAUUAGAAC